AUGGUGCGGUUCAGGGCUCGGGAAGCUGAUCUGGUGAGGCUGUUUGGUAGCCGUAGGCUGAUUUCAACGACAAAGACCAACACGAUCACUGGAUCUGCCGCGAGAAGGAGGAGGACUACGGAGUUCACGGAUAGUCUGAAUAAGGGACCCAGUUUUGAAGAGUUUCUGUCUGGACGUGCGGCGGAGUAUACACUGGAUCCGUUGGAAAGAGCUAGACAGAAUGCGGAAGAAGCCAAGAGACUGCCCAAAUGGCUGAAAGUUCCAAUUCCAAAGGGCCAGAACUAUCACAGGCUGAAGAAGGAUGUUGCGGAUCUCAAGUUGAGUACAGUGUGUGAGGAAGCAAGAUGUCCCAACAUCGGCGACUGUUGGGGCGGAGGCGACAAAUCCAAGGCGACAGCGACGAUCAUGUUGCUGGGGGAUACGUGUACUCGAGGUUGCCGUUUCUGCUCGGUGAAGACUAACAGGACGCCGGCUAAACCGGACCCCAUGGAACCUGAGAAUACGGCAGAAGCCGUGUCCCGGUGGGGGCUGGGCUACGUGGUGUUGACCACGGUCGACAGAGACGACCUCCCAGACGGCGGAUCUCAUCACUUGGCAGAAACUGUCCGAAAGAUCAAAGAAAAGGCACCAAAGACCUUGGUGGAGACUCUAUCGGGAGACUUCAGAGGCGACUUGGACAUGGUAGACGUUAUGGCAAGAAGCGGACUUGACGUUUACGCUCAUAAUGUGGAAACCGUGGAGGCCCUGACACCCCACGUCAGAGAUAGAAGAGCUACUUAUAGACAAUCGUUGGCCGUCCUUGAGAGAGCUAAGAAGACAGUGCCCAGUCUGAUCACCAAGACUUCCUUGAUGCUAGGGCUAGGUGAGACCGACGAACAAGUUCAACAGACACUGAAAGAUCUUCGGGAUAUUGGAUGUGACGUGGUCACCUUCGGCCAAUAUAUGAGACCCACGAAGAGGCAUAUGAAAGUGGUCGAGUAUGUUACGCCGGAAAAGUUCGAGUACUGGAAAAAAGUUGCCUUGGAUCUGGGUUUCCUCUACUGUGCAUCUGGACCACUGGUUAGAUCUUCCUACAAGGCUGGUGAAGCUUUCAUUGAAAACGUCUUGAAGAAUAGGGCCUCGCAGAAACAGGCGGCUUAA